AUGCCCCGGCGAACUAGCAAACGCAAUGCCGAUGCAGCUGGAUUGACGGUGGCUGGGCUUGAAGAAGGAUCAGAUCGCGUGUCUCAAGCCAGCCGGAAAAGUUCAUUCUCAACACCAUCUGAUUCUAGCACUGGUCAGAAGGUUGACCCACCGGCAGACUAUAUCGACCUGACCGCGGACUAUAUCCCCCUGACACAGGUGGCCGGUGCCGACGAAGAGGAUGCUGCCGCAGAAGAAGUCGUGCAAGACAGCCAAGAUGAUACAGCUACAUCCAACUUUGAGAUUUAUGGUAUUUGUCCCACUUCAAUUGUGGGUGUACGCUUCUACCGAGGGCAUGCUACUAAGGGUGAGCAUGUUGUCUUGAAACGAGAACCUACAAACCCCUAUGACCGCAAUGCCAUCCGUGUCGACAAUGUCAUGGGUGCUCAGAUCGGCCAUAUCGGACGAGGAGUGGCUGAAAAGCUUGCAAAGUACAUGGACCCCAAGAAGAUUGUUGUAGAGGCUGUGCUUACCGGUACCAUCGGGGCUUACACCUGUCCGAUGAAUUUGAAGAUCUACGGCCCCGAUGACCCCACCGUGGCACCGGACUUGAAAAUGCAAUUGAAGCUGGAUAAUCUGAUACCUCGCGGAACUGACCUCGCAGAGCGCGAAAAGAAGAAGCGAGAGAAGCAACUAGAAAAAGAACGGAAAGAGGAAGCGAAGAAGGCUCGUGCCAUGGCCCUCAGUAAAGCUGCACAAGGCUGGCAGGCCAACGAAGACUCGCAAUUUGCCAAUCUAUCAACUCCGGGAGGAGUCGGUGAAGGCGAAGAAAGCCUCGAGGAACUGUUCAGCCAGAGCAAGUUCUUCAACCCAAGAGAGAUCGGCCAGGUCGUGGAAACAUUUGGACAGAAGGAGCUUGACCUGGCUAAGAUGCCAAUGGCAGACACGCCAACAGCCCUCUCUACGACAUUGCUUCCAUAUCAGCGACAAGGAUUGGCAUGGAUGAUCAACCAUGAAUCGCCUACCUUGCCAGCUCCUGGAUCGGAUGCUAUUGUACAGCUAUGGAAGCGUGAUGCGAACAACUUCACCAACAUUGCGACCAACUUCUCGACCACCACGGCGCCACCGCUGGCCAGUGGUGGUAUUCUAGCCGAUGACAUGGGUCUCGGCAAGACAAUCCAGAUUAUCUCGCUUAUUUUAGCCAACCCGAAACCACUAAACCCCAAGUCUAGUAAGACAACUUUGAUCAUCGCUCCUGUCGGGGUGAUGAGCAACUGGAGGAACCAAAUUCACGACCACACCCGAAGUGAGAAUGCGCCAAGUGUUCUGAUUUACCAUGGCACUGGCAAAAAGGAAGCUGGGAACCUGGCGAACUACGACGUUGUGAUCACAAGCUACGGUGCACUCUCCAUGGAAUUCAAAGCGGAUGCCAAAAAGCCACCUGCUAAAGGUAUCUUUUCUCUUCACUGGCGCCGCGUGGUUCUCGAUGAAGGCCACACGAUCCGCAACCCCCGAAGCAAGGCAUCGCUUGCAGCGUGCGGCCUGCGUGUGGACUCCCGUUGGACUUUGACUGGAACGCCGAUCAUCAACACUCUUAAGGAUCUUUACUCGCAGAUCCGCUUUUUGAAGCUAUCCGGUGGACUGGACGAUUUCAGCGUGUUCAACAGUGUAUUGAUCCGCCCCCUAAUGAGCGGCAUGCCCGAGGCACGUCUGCUUCUCGAGGCCCUUAUGGCAACGGUCUGUCUUCGUCGUACCAAAACCAUGAAGUUUGUGGACAUUCGCCUCCCGGAGAUGACAUCCCGAAUUCUUCGAGUCAAAUUCCAUCCCCACGAGCAGGAAAAAUAUGGCGCUUUACAAAAGGAAGCCAAGGGCGCACUGAUGGAAUUCAAGGACAAGCAAGGCACCUAUUCGCACCUUCUGGAGGUGCUUCUACGUCUCCGUCAGGUUUGCAACCACUGGGCUCUCUGCAAAGAUCGAAUUGAUGCCCUUAUGAACACGCUGGAGCAGAAUAAGGUUGUGCCUCUUACAGAUGAGAACAUUGCGGCCUUGCGCGAUAUGCUUCAGCUUCAAAUCGAAAGCCAAGAAGUGUGCGCCAUCUGCUUGGACAACCUGGAAGAGCCCGUCAUAACCGCAUGUGCUCACUCAUUCUGCCGUGGCUGCAUUGAACAAGUCAUCGAGCGCCAGCACAAGUGUCCACUGUGCCGGGCCGAUCUGAAAGACAAUACAAUCUUGGUAUCCCCCGCCGUUGAGCUAGGCGAAGAUUCCUCGAACGCCGUUGCAGAUCCCAACCAACCAAGCAGUAAGAUUGAAGCGCUUAUCAAAGUGUUGACUGCAAAGGGACAGGCACCUGGUACGAAAACGGUGGUCUUCAGCCAAUGGACUUCUUUCCUCAAUCUCAUCGAACCUCAACUGGAGCAGCGUGGGAUCAGAUUCGUCCGAAUCGAUGGCAGCAUGCCUUCCAUCAAGCGAGACAACUCCAUCAAUGUGUUUUCCAACGAUCCUUCCUGUGUCGUUCUUCUCGCAAGUCUCAAUGUAUGCAGUGUCGGUCUCAACCUCGUUGCUGCGAAUCAAGCCAUUCUAUGCGACAGCUGGUGGGCCCCAGCAAUCGAAGACCAGGCAGUUGACCGAGUCUACCGCCUGGGACAAAAGCGAGAGACGACGGUGUGGCGAUUGGUAAUGGAGGACAGUGUCGAAGAACGUGUGAUACAGGUACAGGAGCGCAAGCGUGCCUUGAUGUCGGCCGCGUUCCGCGAAACUGGCAAGAAGAAGGCCGAGGAUAGAGCUACACGUGUGGCUGAUCUGGAGAACUUGCUGGUGUGA